GGCAGCGCGAACCGCGGUUAUCGUGGACUAAAGUCCACGGACGAAAGUCCACGAUAACCGCGGUUCGCGCUGCCCGUGUGACAAGGGCAUGUUCUACUACUUCUACUACUGCGGACUGCGUUCUUCUACUGCAUCAGAGGAGGUGUCCCUGAAUUCUGGUCAUGCUCUUGUUCCUCGCAGUGGCUCUGCCCUGGAUACAAGGUCUCCUGGCAAAAUGCUUUUUGGGAAUUUCUCACUUCAUCUCAAGCAGAGUGGCUUCAGCAUCUGAAUUUGAUCUCAGCGUGGAAAGGUCGCCACAACAUGAAGCUGAAAGAAGGGAAAUGCAUGAAGCCAUUGAGGCUGAAGAUGAAGAUUGUGUUCGAAAGUGCCUGGAUGCUGUGCCUGAAUUGAAACUGUGGUUGCACCCUGACAAAGAUAAGUCAGCUCGUUACAGAGCAGUCGAAAAGAAAGUCAUCCGUAUCCAUGGUCUGUUAGUCUCACGUGGAUGUGGUCUCAAAGACGUCAAAGAAUCAUCGUGUUACAAACAUCUCUCACGACUGGAGCGCGCUGAAAUUCGACGGCAACGGUACUACACCAGGGAAUGCGAGAAGUCCUACGUCUAUUACUUGAUGAGCAAAUCACGGAUUCUCACCGGAUGUGAUGACCGGGAAGGACGAUUGGAGAAAGUGUUCGAGCAGCUCUGCAGUGAUGAACUAAACAGAGAUGUCCUGAAGGUGGCCGGAACAGCACUGCACCUUGAAAUACAAUUCGACUACAACAAUGCAAACGUUCAGGGGAUGACGGGAUGUAGCAACGGAUCCACCCUUGGUCUCACUGCUUUUGAAGAACAAAGAAUUUAUGUCUGCGGCAACACGGAAGAACCAGAAGUCCAGGGGACUCUCAUGCAUGAAUUGUCUCACAUGGCGCUAGCGUUAGUUUACAGAAACGAGGGCAAGCCGUAUUACCCUGGCGAUAUAGAGAGGGAACGAAAAUACAAAGCCAUUCUGAAUGGCAUAAAACAAAGGAGAGAAAGUCUGCAUGACCUCAUCGAAAAAGCUUUUUUCGAGAAUGAGGAAGAGGAGUUAGUUGUACGGGUGCCUCACAUACUGGCUCAAUAUGGUAGCGAUGACGGGAGUAGGGUUCUGGAACGGGAUGUACCGGAACUGCGAGAGUUUUUCAAGGACGCUGUCAUCCCGGACAUGCAGGAAUACGUUCGGGACUACGUUCAGAAUGGAAUCCCAUCCAUAGACGCAGCAUGUAUCAAAAACGAAAACUCGAGACUCAAGAAAAGUUUCGACAUUGACAAAUUUAAUGUCGAAUUCGAGAACCAACUGGAGAACAGUGUAUGGAAAAAUAGUUUGCUUCACGUAGUUACGGGCUCAGAACUGAGGCUUCUCGAAAUAAUGGUUCACAACACUGUGAAGUCUUCGAAUCAGCCCUACUUGUUUUUCGGGGCACACCAGAUGGACUCCAGGCUGGGGGAUGUGUUACUAGACUACAAGUGUGCAUAUGUGCUUGUAACGGUCUACCCAAAUAACGAAGUACGAAAGAUCAUUAAACUUCUCGGUGUCGUAUCCUGUGUGACUAAAACAAAGGUAAUCUUGCUUGUGGAAGAAAGUGACAAAGAGAACGUGAUUACUCAAGUGCAACAAGAUGCAUUCUUUGCCAAGAGGCAUGAAGUUCACAGCUUGCCUGAAGCAAGCUUUGAGAACAUCACAAACAGGUGCAAAGACGAAAUUUUUAAGAAAUCUCGCGUAGAACUUCAGGGUGAAUACGUUUCUGCGCUUCCAGAGGCAAUGAACAGUCACACUUUCUUACAUUCCGUAGACGCCACGGCUUUCCUAAAGCUAUGCGAAUCGAGGAACCUUAUCCUGGGACCUCGUCUUCAUGAACUAGAAGAAACUGUUAAGAAGUAUUAUGUAGAACGAGUGUGCAGAAGAGCUGUGCAAAUUGACUUGAAAGAGUGCAAGCUGAACAACAACAAUGAAGCAUUCGCACUUCUGGGGUGUCCACGUGAUUAUGUUGCAAAACUUGUGCCUCGAGGUUACGAGGCAAAACAUGCGGAGGAGUUAAAUCGGUUUGAAAAAUUCGUGGAACUCCACAAGUCAAGUGACUACGAAGCUCUCUUGAGAAAACAUAGUUACCAAGGGAAGCUAGUGCAUCUGUUGCGAUUCGAUGGGGCAUGUAACAUGCUCUUGUGGACUAAAUCAAGUGGUGGUCUUAGUCACCUUCCAAUGACGGGAAACGACGAAUACACCGUCAAGGCAUUGUUGAACGGGGAGGAGAAGGUUGCCGUCGUUUCUGGUGUACCUGGAAUGGGAAAGAGUGUGCUCGCGUCUCAGCUGUGCGAGGGUAUCAAAAAUCAGAAGCGGGAGCGGUGGGUGCUCUACGUCGACCUUCCACAGAGAAUGGCAGCCGUGAAAAUCGCGUCGCCGAGCCUCAGAUAUCUGGCCGAUCUGUGCCAAGUACAAAAAGAUGGACUGGAGUUCACUUUGUUCGAGGAAAGCUUGAACAACAGAAGCCCUUUCGAAGUCGCUGUCAUAUUGGAUGCCUUCGAUGAAGUCAACGCGAAAUGCCGGGAGUGUGUGCUGGACCUUGUAUCGUUUCUAGCUGAGAAAAAUGUUUACAAGGUAUAUAUUUUUACUCGCACUGUGUUCAAAUCCCAAGUUCAAGAUGCCUUACACACGGUGUCGUACGAACUCGUAUCUUUCUCUGACGAAGACCAGGUGGAGUUCCUUGCAAAAUAUAAGGAAAAAAGAGACGAAUCGGUUACUAGAAAUGCCACAGUUUCCCAGCAGUUGCAGACACUGUACGCGAACUUGAAGAAGACAAACAAGACGAUCCUGGGUACCCCUCUCCUACUUCGUAUGAUGGCCGAGUUGAUGAACGGGGAGAUUUCAGAGUCUGAAGAGUACUCGUCGCUGCUUAAACGUGUCGGUAUUUCAGAUGACAGAAACAUGUACACCGUACACUUGUACAGGAUGUUUGUAGAGUACAUGUAUCUUGUACACAGAAUACACAAAAGAAAAGAAGACAUCAUCCUGCGUACCGUACAAGAAGACGACGACACGCCGCUUCCAUUCUACUCAAUCCAUGGUCUCCUCGCCAUGAUGUGUAUAUUUCCCCGGAACAUUUUGGAAGUCUUAUUGAAUGAGGACGACUUAGAACAGCUAGAUCCCGAAGGAAGUUUCAUUCAGGGCGUCGCUAAGAACACUCUCAAAGAAGGUUUUGUCCUUAGACUUAACGACGGAGUCCCGGAGUUCACUCACAAGACUUUUGCCGAAUUUUUCUCGGCUCACUAUCUGCUGGAAAAGACAAAAAUCAGAAGAAAUCCGAGCUUUAGGAACGAAGUUGUCAGCUUGUACGGCAAAGAAGAUUACGAGGGUGUGAUGGUGUUGUUCGACGGACUGGCAUCGGCGUCCUUUCCACUGCACUCUGCUGUGAUGAACAACGAUGUUUCAUAUUUUGAGCAACGUGUUAUCCAAAGAGAAGACAUGCUCAAUGUCGAUGUACUCCGAAGGACUCCGUUGCAUGUAGCUGCCCUGCAUGCUGAUAGAACAACGUUUGAGAAUCUUCCGAUGGAUGAUGGAGUAAUCAAGGGUGAUCUCUUUCAUAGCACCCCAUUCCGGUACCUGGAACUACUUUCCUGGUGGGACACAUACCGUGCAUACAUUGGAAUGCUCAGUGACAGUAGACCGUGCCAGUUAGAUCUGUGCCUGAAGAAACCAGUUUUGGGAGUCAAACUUGACAUAUUAUGUGCUCGAUGCAGUGAGGAAGCAGUUAGGCAUUUUGAUGAUAUUCUUCGCAAAUGUGAAACCAUCGAUGAAAAGGAGAGCUCUUUAGUGCGAUCAAUAUUCACAGCUGUCAUAUGUGACCUACAAGGCGUUUUAGACGUGCACCUAACCUACGUCUCCCCUAGAGAGAGAACAGAUACCUUGGACAAAGAAACCCGGGGCAAAUUAGAAUCACGCAAGGCAAGAAGCUCGAGAUGCUCUGCAGGGUCCCCAGUCAUUAGGGAUCUGGAUAGUGUCAGAGAAAGAUACGGCGAAACUGUUCUUUUUUACGCAACGUCCGAGGCUGUUUGCAAAAUGCUGCUUCCUUACUGCGAUGUGGGAAUUGUUGACGAGUCUGGAAAUACGAUGCUGCACAUUAGCGCGGAGAACAGAAACUUGGAGACAACACAGUUUCAUCUCAAACAUUCAUCAGCUGACGUUAAAAAUAAAUUACUUCAAACUCCAUUGCACUUCAGUAGAAAUCCGGAGGUCGUCAAGCUGCUGCUUCCUCUUUGUGCGUCAGUGAAUGUUCUCGAUUAUAUGGAAGAAACUCCGUUGGAUAAAUGUGUCAAGCAGCUCUCUUGUGAAGCCGCGAAGCUGCUACUGCUUCGCAGUCAGCUAGGUGACGAGUGUCACACGAGACUCAACACAACGUUUUAUUUGGCCUGUCACUAUGGUUCCCAUUACCACGUGACGCUUUUUCUACCUCAUACCACAGCCCACACAUGUGACAGCGCUUAUAUAUCAUGGUCGCUCAGAGCCUGGAAACGUUGUAGUCGGAAAGAUCCAAUAAUCGGAAUUCCGACAUUGGAUGCUGCGAGAGAUCUCUUCCCACACUCCUUAAUCGACUCACCUAAAUGGUGCCUCUCGUCCCCACUGUGCGUUUGGGCGUUGGAAGGCGAAAGGGAAGUGUUGCAAACCCUGUGGCCUUAUUUGCGGCACGGUGACCCUGAGCAUGCACUGGGGAUAAGCAGUGCCGGAGUGAGUGUGCAGAACGUCGUGGAUAACCAACAAGAAAUUUUGUGUCUCAAGUUCCUUCUCCUCCACUUAAACGUCAUCGCUGGUAAUCGUUACGGCCGUAAACUUCUGCAUGAAGUGGUUGUAAAGAAGUUACUUGUAACACGUGCAGCAGAUUACAUCAGUUACAUGAAGGUGCUACUGCCACACGUAUAUCUCAGCGAGCAGGAUUACAUAAGAAGCGUGCAGCGAGAAGGAGCCCAUGACAUUAAGGAGGAGGACGUCGUCACGUUGUAUCGGAGGUGGUCGAGUAAUAAUAACAAUGAUGUUUCGCACAGUGAUGAUGCCGACACGAAAACUGCCGAGGGCGAUAGACGUACGCAGUUGCUAAUCGGUGCAGCAGAAGGUGAUGUGGAUGCUGUGAAGAGUCACCUCACACAUUCAUCCGUGUAGCUUACAGAUGAAGACGAGAAUACUGCAUUGCACUUGAGCGUGUUGAAGGGACACGCAAAUGUGGUGAAGUUCCUAGUUCCUUUUUAUGAAUCACUGAACAAGAUCAAUGUGGAUCGAGAGACGCCCAUGCACGUGUGCACCAGAGUGGGACUCCUGAACGUUGCCAAGUUGUUAUUGCCUCGCUCUAGCACGAGUUCCCACGAUAAGUAUGAUAGGACCCCUCUUCACGUGGCCUCCGAAAAUGGUGCACUAGAUAUGGCGAUCUUCCUUCUGCCUCACUCAUUCCCCAAUAUGCGCGACCAGCUUGGUAGAAACUGUUGCUACGCUUCAGGGACACCGAAUGUUCUGAGAUGUCUUAUCCCACACUCUCUCGUUAACUGUUGUGAUCGACGAGGUAACUCAGUAAUGGUAGAACAUGCACAGUCGUAUAGUGCAGAAGCGCUGGUGACCCUUUUGCCUUAUUGUUGCGAGUAUGUGGUUAUGAAGUUACACGCUUCCGCAGCCGACACCUUGCAGAGAGAUGGGCACAUCACAGGAAGGACGUUCUGGCUGAAACUUAUGCUCCACUCAGAUGUCAAUGCAAUCGCUGAGUGUUAUCGGAAAGUAUUCAAUAAAUCCUGAACCAUAUUCA